AUGAAUACUCGCCAAGUUAUCGAUGAGUCCGUCGGGCCAUAUUCACUAUCGGCUACAUUCAACCAUGACAGCAGUUGCUUCUCGGUGGGUUUGGACACUGGCUUCUGUGUUUUCAAUGCCAAUCCAUGUGAGCUAAAAGUAUCCAGAGACUUCAACGCUGGUAUUGGCGUAGUUGAGAUGCUUGGCCAAUCGAACUACCUCGCCAUUGUUGGUGGCGGACGAAACCCCAAGUUUCCUCAGAACAAGCUCAUAAUCUGGGACGAUGCGAAACAAAAAGCCGCUAUCACCCUCGAAUUUCGCACCUCAGUCCUCGGAGUUCGCUUAUCGAAGUCCCGAAUCGUCGUCGCACUGCUAAACAGCAUUCACAUGUUUGCCUUCUCGACGCCACCGCAGAAGCUAUCCGUCUUUGAAACAUCAGACAACCCACUGGGCUUGGCCUGUUUAGGCCAGAAGGUACUCGCUUUUCCCGGUCGGUCCCCAGGACAGGUGCAAUUGAUAGAGUUGGAAACGGGGAAUAUCAGCAUCAUACCGGCACACAGCUCUUCCUUGCGUGCAAUGGCUUUAAGUCCUGACGGAGAAGUGCUAGCUACAGCGAGUGAAGCAGGCACUUUGAUUCGAGUGUAUUCGGCGGGAAACUGUACGAAACUGGCGGAGCUUCGCCGAGGUGUGGACCAUGCAGUGAUAUUCUCUCUAUCUUUUUCACCCAACAAUAUCCUCCUGGCCGUGACAUCCGACAAGUCUACCCUGCACAUCUUCGAUGUACCUCAUCCAAACCAUGCUGCGGGCCCCAGCCGAUCUCAGAUAUCUGCAACAGAAGAGGGUUCAAAUCAAAAGUGGGGAAUCCUGAGCAAAUUGCCCCUCAUGCCACGAGUAUUCUCAGACGUGUACUCAUUUUCGAGUGCACAUUUUGAGAUGGGUGAUGCGGCAAUUCCAGGGUCACCGUCAGUACCAGGACUGCGGUCAUCGUUGGGUCGACCACCCAAAGGCGUCAUCGGCUGGCAGGAUGAUCGGACCAUUUUGGUCAUUGGCUCGGGUAGAGAAUGCCGCUGGGAGAAGUUCGUUCUUCGGGAUGGCGACGAUGGAAGGCGAUAUUGUAUGAGAGAUGGGUGGAAACGAUAUCUUGGUGGCUGA